AUGUCGAACCUUAACCCUAACGCGCCAUCGUUCCCGGUAUCGAACUACCAGUCGAGCCAAGCACACAACAAACAGGGCUACAACAACAAUGGUGGUGGCACAGGUGGCGGCGGCGGUGGUGGCACAAUGCAAAGCGAGCGUUAUGGCGGAGGGAUGAUGUACGAUAACAGCAACUACCACCAGGGUGGCGGUGGCGGCUAUGGUCAAGGUGGUGGCUACAUGGGCAAUAGCCCACAGCAAGGGUACCCGUCGGGCCCUCGCAUGGGUCGCAACAAUCGCCAACCGAACAUGCCGCAUAGCCAAUACCAAAACCUCAAUGGCAUGGUGGGCGGCGGCGGUGGCGGUGGCGGCAUGCUUAGCAACUACUGCGGAAUGCCCGCCCCGUAUCAGCAAGUAGGUGGGAUGGACGUGAAUGGCGGCUAUGACCAGGUCUCACAGCAGCCAACGCAGCAGCAGAUGCCGAUGCAGCCUCGGAUGCACAACAUGCCGCCUAAUGCGAUGGCCAUGAACAGCAACGCGAUGAGUGGUGGCGGUCGCAUGCCGUACAAUAGUAGCCAACGCAGCCCGAUGCCGAGCAUGCACCCGAACAUGAAUACCCAGGGUAACAUGGUACUUGGCAGCAUCAGCGCUCAGCCUCCGCCACCCAUGGGAACACCAACUCCAGUGCCGCGUCCGCUUUCCGUGCCGCCAAUGGGGGCGCCACUGUCUUUCAUAACGAAGAGCACGCCGCGCGUCGUAAUGGUGGUGGGCUACAAAAAGACGGGCAAGACAAGCGUAGCGCAGGCGAUUGCAAAAAGGGAGGGAUUUGAGUACGUGUGCCUCAAGUCGCCGCGGCAGCAGGCGGCUGCCAAUGCAGCCGGCAGUGGAAAAGAGGAGGACGUCGAGGAGGUGGAGGAAGAGGAUAUUAGUCCGCUGGAGCGACUGGCACCACUACGUUCGGCUCUGGGGAAAAAAGCGACGAUGAAAGGCAUGGUCAUCGACGAUGCCUUCUCUACGAACAAGUUCCAAGCCCACUAUGUAGCGCACUACCUCAUCAAGGCGGGUCUGCAGCUGGACGUGGUUGUGGCCCUUGUGCCAGAGCUGACGUCGCUGGUCGAGCGUGGGGUGAGCUUCACGAAGUCACACGCCAAGACGAUGCACCCAGAAGCGUUCGAGUUUGCCUCGAGCCUCAACCCCGAGAGGGUCAUUGUUAUGGAUGAGGACCUGAAGGUGGAGGAGCUGGUGGAAAAGGCGGCAGUUGACGUGUCGGCGCUGCUCCGAAAGAACGUCGCAGCGAUCGAGCUGGAGCAGGAGUACUUCAUCCCUGGCUGCCCUAUGGUGACAGACGCGGAGCAGGUAGAGCAGAUUUUAGAGGCGGAGCGUAGCGCGGUGAAGCGCCUGCUGCCGUACACAUUCACGUACUCGGAGCCGAACUACGUGCUUGACUAUGUGCAGUUUGUGCAGUCGGCUACGAAGCUGCAGCACUACCUCGUCACCCCGUGGAUCUGGGGAGAUAAACUAUCGCUGAUUGGCUACGGCACGAACGUCUACGUCCACCUUACAUCGUACAACCUGCUGUUUCAGUUGAAGGAUGUGCCAACGGCGUUGCAGGAGCUCAUCAAGAAGCUCAAGAGCGAGGUGGAGGCGUCGGGCGUGGAGGAUCCGGCGUCGCAGGUGUUGUUCUGUGUGGAGGCGUCCAUGCUGAACGAUGUCAUCUACAUCUCGGACAUGAUGAUCAUCGGCAAGCAGCAUGGAGCGGAGAUGCUGCUCCACGAUCGUGUGAAGCUGCUGUCCGACUCCUUCGGCAAGCUACCGAGCAGCGGCUCUGUGCGGCUACUGGAGCACUACCCUGUGUGCGACAUAAAGGCGUGCCUAGAAGCGUACAAGGACGUCAGCCGCGGUGCAAUUUUUGUUAAUCCUGACGGGGUCGAGUACGGUCGCUACGACGUGCGCAACUUCGUGUACCCGUCCGAAGCCAAGAAGACGGUGCGACUGCGCAUUUGGGCCGGUAGCAUGACCGAUGGCAUGUGGAGCUUUGACGGAUACGUGCGCGAGUACGAGGACGAGGUGCUAGCAACAAGCCGCACGACCGGCGCGAACAACCUUCCGGUCUUGAUAAGUGACUCAAACGUUGACACCCACAUGAUCAACGAUGGCAACAUCGUCGAGUGUGUCAUGGAGAAGACGGCCUCCAAGGGCAAGUCGCGCGAGAAGAGUGCCGUGCUGACGUUCUGCCGCCGCUGUAAAUGGGAAGUGACGCCAAUCACGCAGUUCUACAUGUGGGCCUUCGCUGAUCCGCCGCAGUGGUCGACGGAGUCCUUCCUGGAUGCCUGCUCCUCCAUCGCCUCAGUGCGCCCAACUGUCUAG